GCGAGACCUAGGGAGACAGCCUAAGAUAUAGACACGCGCACAGGCGCGCACACACAUAUACACACACACACACACACACACACACACACACACACACACACACACACCAAGGAAGCUUUGAAGUAACUGGAUUCAAUGGAAGAGAUGCUGCUACUGACGAGAUUUCUGCUGGUGGUCCUCGUCUCUUCUCUCUUGAUGUCCUCGGGGCUGGCGUGCGGACCUGGCAGGGGAUUUGGGAAGAGGCGGCACCCCAAGAAGCUGACCCCCUUAGCCUACAAGCAGUUUAUCCCCAAUGUGGCGGAGAAGACCCUAGGGGCUAGUGGAAGAUACGAAGGGAAGAUCUCCAGAAACUCCGAGCGAUUUAAAGAACUCACCCCCAAUUACAAUCCUGACAUUAUAUUUAAGGAUGAAGAGAACACUGGAGCGGACCGGCUGAUGACUCAGAGGUGUAAGGACAAACUGAAUGCCCUGGCUAUCUCUGUCAUGAACCAGUGGCCCGGGGUGAAACUUCGGGUCACUGAGGGCUGGGAUGAGGAUGGCCAUCACUCUGAAGAGUCGCUGCACUAUGAGGGCCGGGCAGUGGACAUCACUACUUCAGACCGGGACCGAAGCAAAUAUGGCAUGCUGGCCCGCCUGGCUGUGGAGGCAGGCUUCGACUGGGUCUAUUACGAAUCUAAAGCUCAUAUCCACUGCUCUGUGAAAGCAGAGAACUCAGUGGCCGCCAAGUCGGGCGGCUGCUUCCCGGGCUCGGCCACGGUGCACCUGGAGCAGGGCGGCACGAAGCUGGUGAAGGACCUGAGCCCCGGGGAUCGGGUGCUGGCGGCCGACGACCAGGGCCGCCUGCUCUACAGCGACUUCUUGGCCUUCUUGGACCGGGAGGACGGCGCCAAGAAGGUGUUCUACGUGAUCGAGACGCGGGAGCCCCGAGAGCGCCUGCUGCUCACCGCUGCCCACCUGCUCUUCGUUGCCCCGCACAACGACUCGGGCCCCGAGCCGCUGCCUCCGGGGGAGCCGGGGCUGCUGCCGUCGGGGCAGCCGUCGGGCUGGGCCUGGCAGGGGCCGCCGCCUGGGGUCGCGGCCGGACGCCAGUCGCUCUUCGCCAGCCGGGUCCGACCCGGACAGCGGGUCUACGUAGUGGAGGAGCGGGGCGGUGACCGCAGGCUGCUGCCCGCCGCCGUGCACAGCGUGUCCCUGCGCGAAGAGGCCACGGGAGUUUACGCGCCGCUCACCGCGCAGGGCACCAUCCUCAUCAACCGCGUGCUGGCCUCUUGCUACGCCGUCAUCGAGGAGCACAGCUGGGCGCACUGGGCGUUCGCCCCCUUCCGACUGGCCCACGCCCUGCUGGCCGUGCUCUCCCCCGCGGGCAGGGACUGUGGCGGGGGCGGCGGCGGCCCCGGCGGGGGCGGUGGCGGCCGUCUCCUCCUCCCCGCAGCCUCGCCAGAUGUGGCCGACGCUCCAGAUGCCGGGGCCGCGACGGCAGGCAUCCACUGGUACUCGCAGCUGCUCUACCAAAUAGGCACUUGGCUGUUGGACAGUGACGCACUGCACCCCCUGGGGAUAGCAGUCAAGUCCAGCUGA